AAAUUGUAACAUUAGCCAUUUAUAUUGUUUCUAUGGCAUUCUUACCGGCUUAUUUUGAUUUAUCGUUUAUUCUAACAUGGGUUUUUGUUUGGAAAGUAGCAGUUAUAACAGCAAUUAGUAGUAUUCCGUUUAUAGAGACUGUUAAUAUCGUGACUGAGGUUAGGAACGUGUCAGAUAUUAGCUGA